GACAGAACACAGUCAUGCUGCAGCUCCGGGUCUUCGUCAGGGUCCUCCAGCAGUCCCAUGUGGGGAAUCAGGGGCCCAACAAAGCGUUUCCGCUCGCGCACAGCGCCGGACGCCGGAACACAUCAACCGCUCCCCCGGCUGCAGCAGAGCGGACUCUCAUCGCCGUGAAACCAGACGGGGUUCAGCGGGGCCUCGUGGGGAAGAUCAUCCAGCGGUUUGAGCAGCGGGGCUUCAAGCUGGUUGGGAUAAAGAUGCUGCAGGUGUCUAAAGAUCUCUUGUCUGAGCACUACUGUGAACUGAGAGCUAAACCUUUCUAUCCCGAUGUGCAAGCCUACAUGACCUCGGGGCCGGUGAUCGCUAUGGUGUGGGAAGGAGAUAAUGUUGUCCAGACGUCUCGCAGCAUGGUGGGACCCACCGACCCAACUCAGGCCCAGUCGGGCACCAUCAGAGGAGAUUUCAGUAUCCAUGUGAGCAGGAACGUGGUCCAUGCCAGCGAUUCACUGGAGGGAGCUCAGAGGGAGAUCCAGCUGUGGUUUGAAGGAAAAGACCUCCUGGACUGGGACUGCUGCUCCCGCGCCUGGACGCAUCGGCCAUGAAGACAACGGCAUUGAAAAGCUGUCAGAGUGUCGCUGCUCAGAGAUUCGUUUCCACUGAAGGUGUAGUGAUUGAAAGCAGUGAGCCAGAUUCAGUGUUAAAUCUGAAAAGAAAAAAAUACCUCAGCAAAGUGCAAAUGUGAUGAGAUUUUAUUAUUCAAGCCACUGUAGCUUCUGCGUGCGUCUCUGCUUUACGUGUUCAGCGUUUUUAGUGUUUCUAGCCAAUCCUGGUUUAUAAUUUGAAGUCAUAUUGUGAUAUUGAUGAACAGGUGCUAAAAUAAUGAAGCAAUAAUGUGGCAAAAUAUAUAAGACAUCAAAUCAUUUUGAUGUCUUUUUUUUUUUUUUAAACCUGGACGACAUUUUUAUAUAUUGAAAAUGUUUUUCCACACUUCAGGGAGCUUCAAGUCAUAAGUCAUAGGAAAAUGUAAAAUUUUUAAAAGCAUUAAUAGUUUAGUGAAAUUCAAACAAUUACUGUUUACACACGAUCGUCUGACCUCUGCUGGACGUUACUUGUUUUAAAUAA